AUGCCUCCGCCAAUUUUACGUCCCGAAAACGCUCUCAAAAGGGCCGAUGAGUUAAUAUCGGUUAAUGAGCCACAAGCUGCGUUACAAUCCUUGUUCGAUUACUUCUCUUCAAAGAGAAUACGUUCAGCUGAUCCUGCUGCAAUUGAACCUAUUGUGAUCAAGUUCUUGGAAUUGGGUGUUCAAUUGAAGAAGGGUAAAGAUAUAAAGAAUGGUUUAUACCACUAUAAGAAAAAUGUACAAUCUUCUGCAGAAGGGCUCAACAGUGUUGGUUCAGUAUCUCGUAAAUUUAUUGACUUGAUUGAAACCAAUAUGAGUAAGCAAGAGGCUAAGGCUAACAGGGAAGAAAAUACCGAUGAAGAAGACUUGGAAGGAGGUGUUACACCGGAAAACCUUUUAAUUUCUGUUUAUGAACAGGACCAGUCCGUUGGUGGUUUCAAUGAUGAGGCUGUUACUUCAUGGUUGAGAUUUACAUGGGAGUCAUAUCGUAAUGUUUUAGAUCUAUUGAGAAACAAUUCUCAGUUGGAAAUCACAUACUCUGGUGCAGUGAAUAGGGCGAUGCAAUUUUGUUUGAAAUAUAACAGGAAAAAUGAAUUCAAAAGGCUUGCCGACAUGUUGCGUCAGCAUUUGGAUACCGCAAAUUACUACAGGGCAAAGUUCAGACAGCAUACGGUGGAUCUCUCUGAUGCGGACACUUUACAACGUUACUUGGAUCAACGUAUUUUGCAAGUGAAUGUAUCUGUUAAAUUAGAGUUGUGGCAUGAGGCUUUCAGGUCUAUUGAGGAUGUUCAUCACUUGUUGUCUAUUUCAUCUCGUCCACCAAAGCCGUCUGUUUUGGCUAAUUAUUACCAGAACAUGGCUAUGGUUUUCUCUGUCUCUUCUAACUACUUGAUGAAUUCUAUUGCUUUAGAGAAGUUCUACAAGCUUUAUCAAAAUAACCCAAAUGCUACAGAAGAAGAUUUUGUUCUGCAUGCUUCCCAAUUCUUGCUGUCUGCCUUAUCUAUUGCCCAAGAUGAUUUACCAAUUAUUGGUUUUGAUCCUAGCUUACGUUUAAUCGGCUUUUUGGAUUUGGACCACAAGCCAACCAGACAAGAGAUGAUUGAGGCUGCUACUGAAGAGUCUGUCUUUAGCAAGGUCGAUCCAGACGUCAAAGAAUUAUACCACUUGCUCAACAGUGGAUUUGAUAUCGUCACAUUGAAGGAGAAGCUAACUUCAUUACUACCAGCUCUUGUAAAGAAGCCAUACUUUGCUCGUUAUGUUGCACCACUAAAAGACUUCACCAUCAGAAAGGCCUUUAUUGAUGCUUCGAAGAACUUUACAGUCAUUAAACUAGAUGAGCUAUUUGACUACGUCAAUUUGCCAGCACCAUUCGACUUUUCCCCCUUGGAAUUGGAGAAGGCCCUACUACAAGCUGCCAUGGAUGACUACGUUUCCUUCUCUAUUGACUGCGAGGCUCAGAUUGUUACUUUUGUACAUGAUCCAUUUGAGGUUCUAGGUUACACUGGAGCUCCAGAGAGCGAGCGUUCUCCAGAUGAUGGUGAAGAAGAAACCAGUGCUCCAUUGCAAGAGGAGGAACCAGAGCAAAUCAUGACCCGUAACUCCGACGUCCGUUCCCAAUUGAUUGAACUUGCCAAAUUAUUGAGAGAGGCGGAAGGAUUUUCUCAAGCCACCUACGUUGACAAGAUCAGACUAGCUCGUACUGAAUUGCUAAGGAAGAACAAGGAAAUCUACGCUGGUGAAAAGGCUCUGGCCGAUGAGCGUUUGAGACAGAUAGAACUUGAAAGACAAUCAUCUUCAGGCGUUGCUUUAACACCUGAGCAGGUGGUUGAAGAGAGACAAAGACGUAUGAAGGAGGAAAAAGAAGCUGCUGAGGCUAGAUUAGAAGCAGAAGCUCAACGUCGUGCAGAAGAGAAGAGAGAACGUGAAUUGGCUGAAAUUAACGAAAUGACUAUGAAGAAGAUGAUCAUGGAUGUUAACGCCAGAGGUAUCAUUUAUAUUGACCCAGAAGAGGCCAAGGACAUGAACUUAGAGAAAUUUAAGAAAUUGACUGUCGAAUUGGUCUCAAAGGAUAAGAAGGAUCUUGACGAACGUAUGUCCAAUGCUUUCAAAAAGGUUGACUACACAGAAAGAGCCUACAGAAAGCUUCAACUUCCAGUCUGGGAGAAAGAUGCGAAGAUGCAAGAGGAUAGAGACUUGAAAAACUACCAAAACGUCAAGAAAAUGUUAUUGGAGAAGGUCAAGAAGGAACAUGAAGAGAGCGUCACUCUUCAUAACCGGUUGGUGAACAUCUAUCCUUCUUACCUAACUUACUGGGAUAAACUUCAACGCUCUAGAAAUUCUCAAUUGGAUACCUUACGUGCUGAAAACCGUGCCAAAUUGGAGGAGGCUAAAAAGGCUAGAAUAGAGGAGGUCCGCCGACAACGUUAUGAACAAAUGCUUGCUAAUAAGAAGGAAGAACUUGCAGCUAAAGAGGAAGAAACUAAAAAAUUACAAAACGAAGAGCGCCUCAUAAGAGAACGUGAAGAGCGUAAUAGAAUAAACCGGGCUAAGGAUGAAGCUGCCCGUAAGCAACGUGAAAUAGAGGAGGAUAUCGAGAGACGUUUGAAUCAAAAGACAGCAUCACCAGCCCCUGCGGCAAAACCCGAAGCUAAAAUGACAUAUUGGGAGAAGGUAAAAUUGAAGAAGCAGCAAGGCCUCAAAUAA